AUGGCGGAUUCGACGACGGCAGCAGACGCCGUUACUCUGAAACGGGAGUUAAAGAAGAUAAUAACAGAGAUGUUGUCGUACGGAGGAGGAAGCAAAGAUUGCGACGGAGGUUCUGGAAUCUUGAUGAAAGCAAUUGACGAAGCGAAUAGGAUCAUCAACCGCCUCAGAGAAGUUGAACCGGAGACUGAUAUACUUUCUUCCCCGUCGCCGGAAAAGGUGGAUGUGCCGAAAGAGUUUAAAUGUACACUCUCCAAGAAGAUCAUGAUCGAACCCGUCAUCAUAGCUUCUGGGCAGACUUAUGAGAAAAGAUACAUCACAGAGUGGCUGAAGCAUCAACGUACAUGUCCAAUAAGCAACCAAGUCCUCUCUCAUUUAACCUUGACACCGAAUAUUUUGGUCGAUGAGUUGAUUACACAAUGGUGUCUACUUCACAGAUUUGAGCGGCCAAGAUCAUCAGAAGAGAUAGUUACUGAGCUUUUCACUGAUGGAAUAGACUCAUUGCUUCAACGGAUCUCCUCUCCUUCCUCGGUUGCAGAUCAGACAAAAGCUUCAGAAGAGCUUCGCAGACAGACCAAGAGAUUCGCCAAUGUCCGAGCCUUCUUUGUCUCUGCACUCCCUGGCUCCAUCACACGGUUGCUCACUCCACUCACUUCUUUGAGCGAGGAGGUUGACUCGAACCUUGAACUUCAGGAGAAUCUUAUCACGACAUUGUUCAACCUCUCGAUCGUUGAGAAGAACAAAACAGUAAUCGCUGAAACCCCUAAAGUGAUCCCACUGCUUACAAAGUCUCUAAAGCAGGGGACAGCUGAGACGAGAAGAAACUCUGCAGCGACUUUGCUAUCACUUUCAGCCAUUGAUUCUAAUAAGCUCAUCAUCGGUAACUCGGAAACACUCAAGGCUCUGAUAGGUUUAAUCGGAGAAGGGGGUGUGUUCAUCACCGAGGCCGCCUCUGCUGUUUUCAACAUCUGUAGUGUGUCAGAGAACAGAGAAAAAGCAGUUUCAGCGGGUUUGAUUCCUGUGAUUGCCAAUAAGAUCAAAGAAGGAAGCAAUGUGGCUGAGUUGUUAGCUCUCUUGGCAUUGGUUUCUACACACAACCGGGCGGUUAAAGAAAUGAAUGAUCUAGGGUUUAUCAGUGAUCUGUUGAGUAUCUUGAGGAAACCGAGCUGUCCAGUGGCUCAGGAGAACGCUGUAGUGAUCGUCUUUAACAUGUGUGACAGAAACAGAGACAGGAGUGGAAGGCUGAAAAUGUUGAACGACGAGGAAAAUCAAUACGGGACGUUUACGAAGCUUGCGAGGCAAGGAUCAGAUCGUGCAGUGAGGAAAGCAGAAGCGAUUUUGAAGUGGCUUAAGCGACACGGUUCCGGUAAAGAGCCACAAAGGGGAUGA